AUGGAGACCCUGUGCGGGCAGGCCUACGGUGCACACAAGUACGACAUGCUCGGAAUCUACCUGCAACGCUCCGUCAUUCUCUUGUGCUUAACCGGCAUACUACUUGCUGUGAUGUAUGCCUUCUCGGAGCCACUCCUCUUGUUGAUGGGACAGUCACAAGAGAUAGCUCGUGCCGCUUCGAUCUUCGUGUAUGGCCUGAUUCCUUAG